GGACUCACCUGUUUAGGAAAACAAAUAAGAAUCACGAAUCUAUCAUCAUUUAAAUACUGAUGCAAAGUUUCAGUCUUAACAUUGGUUGAACCUUUAGAAAUAAAGUAUUUUUCGUCGCCUUCAAGAAGCUGUAAAAUGAUUGGAAGCAUUUUCCUUGCCGUCCUUACCGUAACAGGUACCACGAUGGCUGUCAAUGUAAACUGCCCUGUGAAAAAAUACGUGGUCAUUCUGUUCCAGCCAGUCACACUCCAGUGUAACUAUGACACCCGUGCCACAGUGCCCCCUCUAGUCACUUGGAAGUACAAGUCCUUCUGCAGAGACCCGAUUCAGGCAGCCUUAAAUCCAAGCAGUGCUGAAAAUGCUCUGGCUCAGAGCAACCCUAAUUACAACCCCAACAUCGAGUGCUCGGACCAGUCCAGGACUGUGCGCAUCGUGGCCUCCAAGCAGACGUCAGUCACCCUGGGCACCGAGUACCAGGGUCGCAGAAUCAGUAUCAUCAACAAUGCAGACCUGAACAUUGCACAGACGGCGUGGGGAGACAGCGGUGUGUAUAUCUGUAGUGUGGCUUCAGCCCAAGACCUGUCAGGAAACGGCGAAGACUACACAGAACUCAUAGUACUUGAUUGGCUGUUGGUUGUUUUGGUGGUACUUGGAUUCCUUUUAUUACUGCUAUUUAUUGGAAUCUGUUGGUGUCAGUGUUGUCCUCACACUUGCUGCUGCUACGUCAGUUGCCCCUGCUGCCCUGAGCGCUGCUGUUGUCCCCGAGCAUUGUAUGAGGCUGGGAAAGCUGUGAAAUCUGGCGUGCCCAGUCAGUAUGCCCCAACGCUCUACGCCCAAAGCAUGUACUCCCAGCCUGCCUAUGGAAUGGGUGGGGCCAACCCAUCUAUACCCAUGUUACCCAUGCCCCAAAAUACCCACAUGCCCAUGUCCAAUGACUAUGGAAGAGACUACGAUGGUGCCAGCUCAGUGGGCCAGGGUUCACAGGUGCCUUUGCUACAGGACCAUGACAGAGGACCAAACCAAACUCGCAGUGGCUACCGCAUCCAGGCUGAUCACGAUGGAAACCCAACUCGUGUGUUAUAUUAUAUGGAGAGAGAGCUUGCCAACAUGGACCCCGGUCGCCCAGGUGACGCCUCUGUCCGCCGCAUGGAUGGUAUGAGUGAGGUCAGCUCCCUGCAUGAUGACCUGGAGUCCAGAGGCCGCGGUCGCUCCAGGCCACCCCAGCUGACAACGGUUUAUGACGAUGUGGAAGAGAACAUGAGCACCAUCAGUAGUGUCUCUCAGCAAGGCCGGCGGGACAGGUAUCAGCCGGGCGGCGCAACCAGGGGUUACCUAAACUCCCGCAACCGCGCACGCUCCAUGGACAACCUAGACAUCGUCCGUGAUCACUAUGAUGACCCGUUUUACAGACGAGAUGGAGGGGCAAGGGGGGGCAGGAGAGGUUCAGAUGAUGAAUGGAGCAGCAGUGCUCGCGGCGGCUAUGACUCUGACGCCCGUCGCCCGCGUGACUCCCCCCCUGACAGCCGUCAUCACGGCCAGUACCGCAGGCCUGGUUUCCAGGGGCGACGUAGCCGUAGCCGGGAUGACCUGAUGGACCUUGAUCAUGGCCGGAACCGCGGUGGGCGGGACAUGUACGAUGACAGCUUCCUGCGAGAGGCUAUGGAGCGAAAGAAGCUUAAUGAGCAGCAGAGGUCACGCAGCCGAGAGCGCUUGGACAGCGAGAGCGAACGCUCGGACCGCAGCAGGGGAGGGGGCGCUCGGGGACCCCCCCCGCUGCCUCUUCUCCCACCUACAGGAUAUCCCGACCACAGGCGGGACUCUCCCCUCCCGCCCCCUCCCCCACCCUACACCGAAGAUAACGACAGCGUAGCCUCAUCUAAGAAGAGCAAUUUACGCAAGAACGCGGCUGUGAGCCGUGAGAGUCUGGUGGUGUAAUGCUUCAUCAGAGAGAAGUUGUUCUACGGGAUCCAUCGUCAUUGUUAAAUUUGUCACAUUGUUCUCUGUUGUGUAAUACCUCGUUGGUAAGGAGAACUAUUAAUGUUAAUGCCUGUGUUAAUGCCUUUGUGAAGACUGUGCUUUCAGAUCAGUGCCUUUAUUAUCUGUGCUAACGGUUUGAAAAGUUCUGUGAGAAAGGAAGUCUUUAAUAGGUUGUUGUGGCGAAAGAGAGAAAAACUACAAAAAUGUACAGCAGUGUUGUCACCGUAAGUUUGUUUUUACUUUAAAAUAAAUCACUGUAACAUAUAUUUUUUUUCUUUUACAUGGCUUUUUCGAAGAGAGAUCACUGUUCAGUAGAUUUUAUGACCAAAGACUAUAAAAUUGUCAAAGCUGAAUUGAACCUAUUCCAUGUGUUUGUUUGUUUGCAUGUUUGUUUGUUUGUUUUGAAUGAUUUCCCAUGAGAAAUGAGUUGACUAUAUGUGUACAUAUAUGUCUGAAUUUUAAAUUUUGCGUGAUUCUUUUAUAUUAACAUAUGAAAUACUGUAUAAAUGGCAUGUGCAGUCUUUUUAUUGAGUGUUUUUUGUUUUGCUGAAAGGUGUUUGGUUCCAUGAACAGUAUAGUGGUGGACAUAAUUUGCUUAAAAUUGUGUAAAAACAU